CGCCGAUCUACCGAUCCAUCUCUGCUCGUACGAGAACUGCUCUUAUCGCCCGCCGCUCUGUCACCCAACAGGCUCAACCGGCCAGUCGGAGCGCACACUCGGCGUAGCGGAGCACUCCAGGACACUCCAGGCUACCAUGACCACCGCGUGUCCGACUUCCCCACAGUCUAGUCUCUUUCGCGACCGUCAUGCUGUUCGUUCGUAUCUCCGGGCUGCCCGCCGGCACGCCAGAAUACCUACAUACCACCCAUACGCGACCGAUGAUGGAGGCUCGCUCCCACCAGGACCAGUCGCUUCUGUCCGGCUUGGAGUACAUGUCCAAAAGGCAUCGCAACGGCGACGAUCCCUUGCUCGGCCCCUCGGAGGCCUCCCUAGACACACGCCGUUACCACGAACGCUCCAAGUACUUAUCGGGAAGGUGCUGCGCGGGGCAGAGCAACGGAUGGGUGGACCUGGGUGGACCUGCUAACGCGCCAGCGCGCCACCGGCACCCCUGCUCGGACGGACCACGCGUCAGAACGAGGCUGGUCAGGAGUUGUCGAAAAAGGUGAUGUGGGGCAGAGUACUCUGGGGUGAGGAUUCCUGCACGUUCCCGUCUUGGUGGGAUGAUCAC